CAGGAGCCAGCAGUGACAGCUGAGGCCAUGUGAGUGGGGCCUUGAAUGAGGCUUUAUCUCUGGCUGUUCGUCCCAGCAUCUACUGUGGCACCAGCUCCCUCGGCCAGCCGGGAUGAGACAGGAGACCAAAAGAGGCAGAGCCAGAGAGGUGAUGGUGAACACAGCCUGGACUGUGAGAGGAAUGGGACUCUGGGCCUGUAGCUGCCAAGCAGGUGGUGGGGGCACCAGGCCAUGAUCUGCACCCUCUGACCCCUAACCUGACCUUCUGCCCUGACCUCUACCUGACCAAGCUAUGUCUGCACAGGAGGCUCAAGCCCCUGGGGGCCGGGGGCUGCCCCCAGACAUACUGGCAGAGCAGGUGGAACUAUGGUGGUCCCAGCAGCCACGGCGCUCUGCACUCUGCUUUGCCAUGGCCGUGGUCCUUGUGGCAGGCUGUGGGGCGGGUGGCGUGGCACUGCUGUCAUCCACCAGCAGCCGCUCGGGAGAGUGGCGCCUAGCAACAGGCACAGUGCUCUGUCUGCUAGCCUUGCUGGUUCUGGCGAAGCAGCUGAUGAGCUCGGCCGUGCAGGACAUGAACUGUAUACGCCAGGCCCACCAUGUAGCCCUACUGCGCAGUGGUGGAGGGGCCGAUGCCCUCGUGGUACUGCUCAGUGGCCUUGUGCUUCUGGUCACUGGCUUAACCCUGGCUGGGCUAGCUGCUGCCCCUGCCCCUGCUCGGCCACUGGCUGCCAUGCUAUCAGUGGGUAUUGUGCUGGCUGCCUCAGGUUCGCUCUUGCUGCUGGGCCUGCUGCUGUAUCAGGUGGGUGUGAGUGGACACUGCCCCGCCAUCUGUAUGGCCACCUCCUCUACCCAAAGUGGCCACAGUGGCCAUAGCAACAUCUUCAGCAUCUCAGGACAGCUAUCUGCUGGCCAGCGUCAUGAGACCACAUCCAGCAUUGCCAGCCUCAUCUGAUGGAGCCAGAACCCUUCUUCCCACACCUGCCUCUG